AUGUCUUCAAUUGGCCCGCAAAUGCCAUCACAUCUCUCAAAGAGAAAGCGCACCCCGGAUGACCAAGGCGCAGACUCACCACGAGCAAAGCGCAACAACAACGAAGAAAUCGAUCUCGACGACGAUUCCGACGACGACGCCUAUGGACCAACCGUACCAGAUGCUACAGCAGCAUUGAAGAAUUCCACUUCAUCGAAGCCAUCCAUCGGUCCGACCCCUCCACCAUCAAACCUAACAAACUCGAGCGAAAUUCCCCUCGACGAUUCCGACUCAGAAGACGGCUACGGCCCAACAGCACCUCACCCAUCGUCGUCAACGCAAGAACCUCCCAAGAACAAGCCCUCAAUAGGGCCGACCCUUCCACCGAAACACUCCAUCGGUCCCGCCAUGCCACCCCCAGACCACCGCCCAGCCGGCGACCAAUCCGCCUCGGACUCGGACUCUGACGACGACGACUACGGGCCGGCCCUCCCUUCUUCGACAACAUCAGUCCAGCGGGCUCAAGCCGCCGCCGUAGCAGCAGCAGCGACAGCAUCCCAAGCUCCCGCGGCACCGCAGCGCGAUGACUGGAUGCUCGCACCGCCUACGCAAUCAGGUUACCAAGAACGCGACCCAACGAAGCUCAAGAACCGCAAAUUCGCCAGCGGGAAAUCAUCUGCCGCUGCGGGAGGAGGCAUCAGCAGCAUAUGGACCGAGACGCCGGAACAGAAGCGCAAACGUCUCGAGGACGCGGUCCUCGGUCGCGGUGAUCCGACAGCAGCAGGGUCUGAAAAGAAUAAGCAGCCGCGCCGGACGAAGGAGGAAGUCGAGCGGGAGAGAAGCAUCAGCGAAAAUAUCGCGAGCGCGCGCGGCAAAAGCAUGUACGAGGAGCACCAGCAGAAUAAGAAAAGCGGUGAGAAGCCUGUGAGGGACGAGGAGGAAGAAGAUGACCCUAGCAAGAGGGCUUUCGACAGAGAGAAAGACAUGUCGCUGGGAGGCAAGAUCGGGACAGCGCAAAGGAGAGAACUGCUCAACCGAGCCAAAGAUUUCGGUGGUCGUUUCCAGAAGGGAUCGUAUCUUUGA